UGACAAUGAACCUUAUUUUUAUCAACAACUCCUCCGUCAAAGGAGCUGGAGAAGUGAGGCUGAAUUGCGUGGACCGUAUGAAUCAUAUAGAGAACACUAUUUAUCAUUAUUUCCUGAACAAAGAUCAGAGAUGCUUACUGAAUCAACUCUUGAACAUGAAAUUACUUAUUUCAACAUUGAUGUUAUCAAACAUCAACUCGAUCAUCUUAAGAUUAUACUCCCUACAACGCCUCCACAAUUAAUGAUCAAUCUGCCUGAAGAUCAGUACAAAGUCAUGAAUGUACUAACUAACAAACUUGAGCAUCGAUCAAAGUUUCUAUUAAUGGCACCGACAGGGGUAGCUGCGCAGAGAAUCGAUGGGAAAACAAUACAUUCGGCUUUAAGAAUUACGCAUCAGGGUGGGACCUUUGUAACACGUGCAUUUACAGAUCAAACAUUAAGGUCAGCAUUGAGUGAGGUUAGAACGCUCAUUAUUGACGAAAUAUCAAUGGUAUCUGCACAAUUACUUUCUUUUAUUUCAGACUUAUUUGCAAAGAUACAUGGCAAUGCUUCUGCAUUUGGUGGAGUCAAUGUAGUAUUAGUAGGCGAUCUUGCACAACUUCCACCAGUAAGUGGAACACCCGUGUAUUAUUCGCCUAUAUGGAAAUUAUUUUAUCCCUUAUUUCUAACACAUUCACGGCGACAAGAAAAUGAUCUCGAAUUUUAUAAAUUACUUGAAGAAGUCCGUUUCGGAAAUAUCUCAUCAUUGUCUUGGAGGAUGCUCAGUUCAAAAUUAAAUGAAAGUAUGUCUAUUACUGAUGGUGGUGCAGCUCUAACGACAACACACAUAGUUGGAUACCGUGAAUCAGCAAUGAAAAUAAACGUAUCCAUAUGCAAUCUUCUCAACACACCACCAUCCCAAUUUUUAGUCAACUAUGCAAUAGACACUAUUAAUGGUUCCAUAUGUUCUGUCGAUGAAACACAUUGCAUGUUUAAAAAUAAGACAAAUCUUCCAAAG